GUUGUUAUGGAGCUGCUCUAGCGAGUCAGAUUUUAAAAAACAAAGAGCUUUAAACUUUCAAAAAAACACUACAUUUGGACAAGAUUAUACGUAUUAAACUCGCGUAAGAAUAAAAUGUCGUCCACUGGCCGACUGGAUAUUUUACGUGAGCGAAACAAAGCAUUAUUGGCUCAACUUCAGCAGCAAAGGAAAAAGUUGGAAGAGGCGGUGAGCGGUGGGGUGGAGAACCGCAAAAGAGACAGAGAAGACGGGACAGAGAACAGCUGUGAGGCCGAAGACGAGGUGUUGACUAUUAAAGAUGGAAACCGAGGUCCAGCUCGGGCAGCUCUGGCUAAACCCAAAGUCAAAUUUUCAGCCCAUACAUCUACAAUGACAUCUGAGCUCAGAACUGACGAUCUAAGACAUACUGCAGUGUCAUCCAGACCUAAUUCCUCCAUGAAAGGGCAGGAGAGUGAAAAAACACCUUCAAGCCUCCAACAGCAUUCAAGACCACUCCUGGGUUAUGACUGGAUUGCAGGAGUCAUAGAUGCUGAGGACUCAUUAAUAGAACGCUCGGAUGAUUUCUUUAACGACCUGUGUCGAUUUAGAGCUCUGAACAGAGAGCAGUGUGUGAACAGCCGACACUCAGAGUUUUCUGAAGAAUCUGAUGCAAACCUGCCAUCAGUGUCAGACACCAUCCCUGAGAUUAAAAAUGACACCCAUCAGUGUAUCUUUUCCUAUAGGAUAAACAAUAGGCUUUUUCCAGUCCCUCUAAAUUCUGAGGAGUGCUGUCCCGUGUGCAAUAAACACAAAUCGGAGCAUCCCCACACAGUGAAGGAACCUGCUCUCAUAAGAGUGAGCAUCACACACUCCACACUUCUGCCUCCACACAAAUACAAGGCUCAUCGCAGGUGCAGCUUUGACCCAUCGGACAGUCUAAGUUUGCCUUCGCAUUGUCUAUCUGGUUGGUCAAACAAGGGUCAAAGCACUGAAACUGCACAGAGUAACCUUGACCUGAAGAGCUGUUUGGACACAAAGAAGGAAACUGAAAAUAAGGAACGAGAGGACCCGUCGGCUUUCAAGACAUCAGAUACACGGAAGCCUCAACAGAUACCACAAGUGUCUCUUCUAAGUCACCACAACUUCCUACACUUUUCACCCAGAAAAAGAAAAUAAGGGCUUUAAGUUUUUUUCAGAUUUUACACUGAAAUUGUUUGUGCCAAUCCAAGUUGAGCGAUAAUGUACAUGCAAUGAUUACAUUUUACAUAUCUACAUCCAGUAGAGAAGGAUAAACUCUGUAAAAAAAAAAAAAAAAAAGUCAGUUGACUAUUAAUUAUUUUGGUCUUAUUUUGUCUUUAAACCACAUUACUGAUGUAAAAUCAACCUCUGAACUGAGGAACUGAGGAACCAGCCAGCUAUUUUGACAUUAUUUAACAUGUGUUUAUGACAUUUCACAACACUGGAAAAAUUGUGAAACUGCACAAGAUGUCUAAUGCAGUUUUUAACGUGCUGUCAGCAUUCUUAAUAGUAUAUUUGUAGCCUAGUGAGGAACCCAUUUGUUUAAUGAUGCAUUAUAUUAAAACUCUGGUUUAUAAUAGAAACUUUAUUUUAAUCAAGGAUCUUCUCUUGAAGGCAGAUUUUCAUCUCAUAAAGAUAAUUGUCUAUUUAAAAUCUAUGUAUAGGUAAAAGCAAUUAGAUUUGAGAAACAGAAUCUUUAAUUUUGUUUGAGCAGUGUUGUUUUGCAGAGACAACACUUAUGUGAGCACAGUUGUGGAGUUUUUCUUUAAAUGGAAUAUUAAAGGCAGACUUACCACAUGAGCAAACAGAUCUUAUACUUGUUUAGUAUUAAAUAUGCUAUCUUAUUACUAUUCUUUCAGUGGCUUGAUACUAUGAGUUUUCCUUUUCCCACUGUGUUUUGGCUCCAGAAUGAUGCAUACUUCUGUUUUUGACUUCCUCUGUCACUUCCUCCGUUAAGGAGUGCUGCAGAGACAAAAGGUUAAAAAGAUGCAGCACAGGAAGUCACAUCCACUCCUGUAGCUCAGAAUUAACAAUGUGUGAAGCUGCAUAGGGGUGUUCCACUGUGGUUACUGUCUUGUUUUGCACUAUCAUCAAACUUAAAAAUUUAAGACAAAAAUAUGAAUGCACAAUUUCAGCAAAAAUAUGAUUUGCCUAAACCUUCUGUACUAAAAAGAACAUUCUAUCUAUUAGUAGCAGGUGAUGCAUGUGAAAAAGAAGCAGCAACAAUAAUAGUAGCUAAAGCCUUACAUUUUCAGUACACAAUUUUGAAAGCAAUACAUUUCACUUAUACCAACAAAUACUUCCACCUCCGCUUAUAUCACUUCCAUAUGUCAUACAUUAUUAUGGCUGAAACUAUUGAAAGAGACCUUCGCAUCAUGAUAAUGCAGCCUAUGUAAUGUGAGCGUUACACACUAGACUUACGCCUAAAGAUCUAAGCCUGAAUGAGAGAAGAGCAAAUUAUGUGGGAGGGGGAAAUUUUGUGCACAAUACGAUUCCUAGUCAGGAAUAAACAAAACAGAAUAAUAUGAUUAAACUACACCAUAUAAUAAACUACUUGUUACGGACCCCCAUGGAAAUUUGCUGUGGGAGCCCUUGCUUCCGAUUGGUGGAUUGCUCUUCAGCCUGUUUUUGGUAGUGUGGUUUCUGAUUGGUGGGGCACCUCUAUACCUGGCCAAGCCCGGCUCACCUGAAGCCGCCUCCCCCAUUUAAGGAGAUCAUCUGCACUUGCUCGGGCUGCUGGGCUUUCUUGUCAGGAUGCCAUUUCGUCUGUGUCUCAUAUAGUGUUAGCGUAACUUUGUGUGUGUACGUGUGAGAGAGACAUUAGUUUAGUUUAGUUAUUAUAUUUUGUGUCUCUCGUUUUUAGUUGUCGCUCGAUUCUGUUUGUGGGUUUAUGUGACUUUAUUUUGGGACAUUGGUGGUUUUGUUUUGUUUCAUGUGUUCCUUAGUUUGUCACUAUUUUUAUUUUAUUUUUUUAAAGGCCUAGUUUUCUCAGACACAAAACUCGCUAUCUGUUUAAUCAUGUUAUUUUGUUUUCUUGGUGAGGUUAACU